AUGGCCACGCGAAGUCAGGACCGGAAGGACGAUGAUGACGAUGAUGAUGAUCAGUGUCUACGUGGCAUGAAGGGGACGGAUUCACCGAUUGACGAGAUUUUGGAGAAUGACAAGAAAAUUGCUGAUUUCACAGCUCGGAUGCUUAAUGUGGAAGAAGAGGCGACGCUAGCAAUAUAUCAAGGGAGGAUCGAGCAAGCCAGGCCGCAAGAUGCGCGUGUCAUUCUAGAUGUACGAGUUGACGGGCAUGAAUAA